AUGGAAGACCCGAAUAGACCUGUCACAGGCUAUCCCGCCUCGGCCCAUAAUUCCUAUCCCAACGGUUACGCCGUCAACACCAAUCCAACUCUGUCCAGCACGGGUUACCCUUACGCAGCCCCUCCUCCAACCACCGACUACUACAGUUACCAGAAUAACCCUUACAACAAGCAGAAUUACAACCAGGACCCAUAUUCCACCCGUUGUGCCACUUGUCUCCACCGCAUCUUCGCCUUUGGUAUUGGGCUUAUUAUUAUAUUGGGUAUCAUCACUUUUAUUGUCUGGCUUGUCCUCCGACCCCAGCUCCCCGAGUUCCGAGUUGACUCGUUUUCCCUUUCUAAUUUCAUCGUCGGGAAUGAAUAUGAGACCUUAAGCUCUGGUUUAGGGAAAAAGAUGGGGUGGGUGGGUUGA